CCCCUCUCCUCCUAUUCACGGUUCGUCUCCACUUCCCGCCCGCCCGCCCGCCCGAGCACCAAUGGGAGGAGCGUGACCUGCCUCGCUUCGCUAGCGAGCGCGACGGGGACGAGGGUCUCUAGAAGGCUCCGCUCCACUCCACGGCCACAAGUUUUAAAUUUCAGUUUUUGUUUUCCCCGGAACCGUCGCCGCCUCCCCCCCAAAUCUCGCCGCGGCUCCCGGCCGGUGCUCUGCGCGAGCGAGCGAGCGGGCGAUGGACUUCGACUUCGACUGCGCCGCCGCCUCGCCCGGCGGCCAGUGGAUGGGCGAGACGGCGUCGCGGCGCCGGCAGCGCCGCCUCUCGUCCUCGUCGCUCAGGGCGUACCUCACGCCGGCCUUCGACGCCGUCGCCGCCGCCGGCCAGGGGGGCAUCUCCCCUUCCUCGUACUCGUCGGGCGGGCUGGAGCUCGGGUUCGACACGUCGCUCCUCCGCCUCCGCCGCACCUGCUUCUCCGCCAACGCCGAGCUGGACAGCCGCCGCCUCCUCUACUCGCCGCAGUCGCCGCCGCCGCCGCAGCAGCAGCAGGCGCGGCCACGGCCGAUGUACGCGAUGGCGGACCAUGAGGCGGCCUACCUCUACGCGCCGAAACGCCAGGCUGGCGGGCUCACUGGCGCACCAGGUUUUCCCGAACUCAAGCAAACAUUUUCCAACUUCCGAUCACCAGAUGGUGCUGUCAUCCUAGGAAACAGGCCGGACCUUCUGUCGACACCGAAACCUGGUUCGACGACACCUUCAGGGCAGGCGGUGUCUGCAGCAGCACAGCCAACCGAGGAGGAAGACGACCUGAUAGCCGAGGCCCUCUACGGGCGCAGCGGCCGACACAGGCUGCCCAUCUUCAGGGAAAUCUGCCCGGAAUAGAGCGACGCGGCGAUGCCGGUCCUCCGCGACAUGGAUGAAAUGGAUUGCAUUGCCCUGUAUAUUCCGUGUACCCCUCCUGUGUCCAUACCAUAGGCCUGUGAGAUCAGAUGUUAUGUUACUCCUGAAGGAAGAAGACUGUUUACUAGUUUCCCAGCGGAGAAUCUCUCUCCACUCUAGUCUCUGAGAAAAUCAUGCUAUGGUCGACUUGAGCCGGCAGCGGACCCAUUCGCUUGCCGUUUGUUAAAGAGUAUUGCAAGGAUUGCAGCAACAAAUGCCAUUGUGCUGCUCCAUUGAUGCAACUGCUACUAAUUCUGUUACCAACACC